GGCUCUUUAGUCCAAAGGAUGGGUUUCAGAAUCGUACUCUUAGCUGCCACCGGUCUGGGAGCCAUGUACAUGAUGCAUCUUCUGGCCCAGGAUUGGGUCAAGAUACGACCCAUCCGGGGAAUAACCCAACUAGCCGGAAUGGCCGCUCAGCCUUUUCAACAGGUUCAACAGGCUAUUGGAGGCGCAAUUGCGCCCAUCCAACAAGCCAGCGGAGCUCUGAAUUUAUUUCGAAGCAGAAGAGAUGCGAACUUAAAUCAUGAACUUGGUUGGGUGCGAAGAACACAGGACUCGGGAGGAGGGAGUGCAAGUGGAAAUGGAAAAGUUAGAGCUUCAGGAGGAGUGGUGCCCAGACCGCCACCAGCCAUCGAUUGGAAGAAGAUCCUGUCCAGAGAUCCCUUCGAGUGUCUUCAGUCCCUGAUUUGUCAACUCAUGUCCGGCGCUGAAUCGAAGGUUCCGGAGGCUGAGCUGCUCAUGGAUUAUCUGGAAUCAUCGCUGGAGAUGGCUCCGGUCAAGAUAGGCCGGGCCUUCAGUCGAGGACUGGCAUUGCGGGGUUCCCCGGAGCUCUGCUUCAGCGAAUAUCCCUUUUGCCUCUAUUCCGCCAAAACGAUGUUGCGCAUCCUGCGGUGGUUUAGUGAAACGGGGGAAGUUCCCGUGGAGGAAGUGGCUUAG